GGGGGUGGAGGAUGGCAGGGGGCACUGGGAGUCGGGCCCAUUUUUUUGACAGGCUGACGGCGCCAGCUGUCCACUGGCAUUUCAGACGUGCCAUCAGGCAAGCAGGAGAGAAGCAGAGGUCUGGGGGCUGCUGGCAGACCGCUCUCGCUCUCGCUCUCGCUGUGAGCUGACUCCUCUCGCUCCCCUACCCGAGGCCCCACCCCUGCCACUGCAGCCAUGGCGGAGCAGUACAACGCGUCCGAUAGGAAGAUCUACAGGGACAGCAAAAUCAAAGAGAUCGACCUGAUCAACCGGGACCCCAAGCUGAUCAAUGAGGAUGUGGUGAAGGUAGACUUUGAGGAUGUGAUCGCCGAGCCGGACGGCACCCACAGCCUGGACGGGGUGUGGAAGGCCAGCUACACCACCUUCACCGUGUCCAAGUACUGGUGCUACCGCAUACUGUCGGCCAUCUUCGGCAUCCCCGUGUCCCUGCUGUGGGGCUUCCUGUUCGCCUGCAUCUCCUUCUGCCACAUCUGGGCCGUCAUGCCCUGCAUCAAGUGCUGCCUGAUCGAGAACCAGUGCCUGAGCCGCAUGUACUCCAUCUGCGUGCACACCUUCUGCGACCCCCUCUUCGAAGCGCUGGGAAAGGUCUUCAGCGCCAUUCGGGUGGCUCUGCGCAAGGAAGUUUAGAUUGGCUUUCUUUUUUUUUAUUUCUUUUUUUUUUUGCGGGGGGGGGGGGGGGGGGCAUUCUGACAACUGGUGCCACUGCCUACACUACUUCCCUGCCUGAGCCCCUCUUUAUCCUGUCAAAGUGUGCGUCUGCUCUGAAAGGCUGGUCACUUCUUCAGCAUGAGUGUGAUCGCAUUUACGCAGUGCACUGAAAGAUUAUGCUUUGCCGCCAGGUUCGCAGUGGUGGGCAGGUCCCCACUAGCUUCAUAUUACACAACUAAGACAUUGCUUAUUGUGUUGAUCCUUGAUGUGUUAAUGUGUUAAUUAAUUAUUUAUUCAGUAACCAUAGGGUUGUUCUGCCAUGUUAGACAAAGAAAAUGCUUUUAAAAAUAAGCCAAUGUAAAUGACUCUACAUUACCUAAAUGGAUAUGACUCCGCUUGGCCAUGCUGGUUAAAGCUGAAAUCAGAAUUAGUUGCAUUUAGUAUGUGAAAACAAAGAUAAAGUGAUUAGUUGAAAUAUGAGCUGUCUACUGCUAUACUAAUCCACAACAUGCUCUGUCCUCAAAACAGACAUGAAAUAUUAAAUGAAGAGAAUGAUUGAUGAAGAAAAAAAUCAUUUUCAGCUUCAUCACUUCUCCUCCCUUUAAUGUAAUAACUUUUUUAACCACUAGGUGGUAUCAAGAGAAACACUGUCAGAUGACCUGGUAAACUUACAUGGAUGGUCAGACAGAUGGAGACAGACACACUUGGAAGCAUGAAAUUAGUUUUGAGUCUCCUCAGUUAUUAAUGUUAAAUAGUUAAUUCAUUCUUAACAUAACAUACAAUUUAUUUUCAAUAAAUAACUGAUAUAUAUAUGGCUUAAAGGCUAUCUGACCUAUGUAAAGACAAUACAAAUUGAUGUUCACAAAGGAAGUUGAAAAGUUCAAGUCACCCCAUGGGCAAAGUGGAAUCUCAAUAUUACCAUAAAAGCCGCAAAUUGACCUCCACUACAUGAUGGCCACCUGGUUUACUUUCUACUGUAAUUUAUGUUUUUUUUUAUAAGACAUGUAAUGGAUGCAUGACAUUAUAUCUGUUCAAGAAAUGCCGGUUGAUUUUUCUCAUGUAUUUAAAUAUGGGUGUUUUUCAUUAAUCAUACAAUUGCAUAGGCUUGAUUUAUGUGUUCUCUAUGCAAUUAUAUUUUAAGGGCUUAGGGUGGCCAUAUUGAAUGUAAAAAAGGCUAUAUUGUGGAAUGAAGUUCUACAUAUAUUACUUUUUUUAAUUACACUUUUUAUAUCAACACCCAAAGAAUUGUUUGAGUAAAAGGAAAAUAAAACUUUAUGAUUGUUUAUGGUUAAUAAAAAGACAAGAAAACACAAA